AUGGACACGAGCGAAUACGAUACUAAUACUCUAUUCAAUAAUAACAUAUCUACCAUCAAUUACCGAGUCUACGAGCCCUCUCCUGAACAGGCGUCAAGCUUUCCUUCAAUCGCCGCCGAUGUCGAGACCGAACUGAGAACCCUCAACCACAUUGUAUACUACGAUGCGAACAGACGAGUUGUGUGGUAUUUCCACAUUCCGGGCAAGGAUGUGGAGUCUGGCGACGAUACCCCGAGGGUUUUGGAUAGUAGUGUCAGCGUCGCCGGCGCAACAUUGCUGAUGGUUGACGAAGGUUCUUUUGAACCAAUAAGUUUGUUCAAGGGUCGCGCUCAAGGACAGCAAGCCUCGAAUACACCAACAAGCUCGUCGUCAAGUAAUUCGGCCCUCGACCUAUCCUUACGGAACCCGCAGAUGGGCAACUCCGGACCGCCAAGCUCCUCCGACCCCGAUUCCAAACCCCCGUCAGCCGGCGCACUCGAUUCUAGGGGCACUGGCUCUGUUCCAAUAAAGGAGGCAUACGAGCAAUUUAUUACGGCCGUUCUGUCAACAACGUCAGCAUCAUUUUGCAACCGUGUAUCAGCAAUCCCCCUGAAUCAUCGAACCGUUUUACUUGCUUCCAAGGUUACACGAGAUGGUCAGACCGAGAGAGCUCAGGACACGGAGUCUGCAGUCGUGGGAACAUUCCGCGUAUACCUCACCACGACGGGUGCACUAGUCAUAAGCUUAUCUUUAUCCUGUUGCGAGGGUCUCUUGUCUGUGAAUGAACCAUCAAGUCCGAGCCAACUUGCACUAGGCUCUCAGAUAUUGGCUGCCCCCUUCGGCGUUCUAGCGAACUACCAAGGGUUCGUCGGUGGAGGCCUGUCGUACCCCGAACUUGGCCUGGGACAGACGCCGGAUGCCCAACUUUGGAGGAAUGCGGACGCUAGAUCCUCACAAUGGAGAGAAACCUGCAUCAAAAUCCUUCAGUCCCGUGGGCUGUCUCCUGCGUUACUACAGUCAUGUCCAUGGAUCGCAUUACAAAUGCUCCGCCGGAAACCUGGCGAGUCUAGAGCUGAAGGGAAAACGACGCCACUAUCGUCCGCUGUGACUACGGUAUCUUGGCCAGCAGUCCUCUGUUUCCGCAAGAAGUCUGUCAUGCUCGCGCGAAGUAACGGCCUGGGAGAUUCUGUACUUCUGGCGCAAGACGAGACUUCUGACUUCCUUAAUGAGGCUAGAACCUGGUUUCAGUUGGGCGUUGACAGGGACGAAAAAGUCACCAAGAGGAAGAAAGAGAGGGAAGCUGCGGCAUCAAAAGAGGCUUCGGCAGCAACUUCGACACAACAACCAAACGGACAUUCGCCACUAGGGCUAAGACGGGCUAGCAAUGCGGCAGCUGCAGGCGCCAUGUAUCCAACACCGCCAGACGGAGUUCAGAACCCAUUGGGUAUCACGCCUUCGAUGGACGGGACGACCUCUAGCCCAGGUGCCCCUGGCGUCACUAUGGCGGUCGUUGACAUAGAUACUACUAUGACAGAUGCUACUGUACACGACGCAACUACGAUGCAUGGCACGCUACAACAUGAUUCCUACGCUGACGGUUGGCACUCGAACGAGCAUGCAAACGAACCCACGAAUGAGCAUUCCAACGAAAAUGGGAAAGGUCGAGCAGACUCCUUUACUGGGGGAGACAAUGAUGACAAUUUGUUUGGCGACAUGGGCCCGGACAUGUUUGGGGAUACCGACAUUACUGAUGCCGACUUCAACUUCUUCGACGAAGAGGGCGAUGACCUCGACCUAUCUGGCUUACCUGACUUGAGCAUGCCUGACGGACCACCGACGCCUGCCAUCCCCCCAGUAUCUAUGCCUGAGCCGGCAAAACUGAUGCUACCUCCGGUAGAGGAUACUAAGCCCGAACCAAGUCCUCCAGUUUUCACUAAGCCGGAGUUGAAGCAUGCGCGGAGCACAUUGAUGGACGAGGGAAAACAGCGAUCCAACACGGACAGGGCAGGCGGUAUGAAGAGAGAGUCAAGUCCUUUCGAUCCGGACAUUGUCUACAAAAGAGUUCGGGCUUCUCUAGCAGAUAUUCGCUCUGCCCCUCAAUCAACCCCUACGCGGAAAGGCAGCAUUUUUGACAGCGUUGACUUCGACCCGGUCUUGCCUCUUGUCAAUAAGAAGUACGAGCAAGGGGGCCGAUUUGAUUGCAAGCCGACGCUCCAAGGCCUGCCUCAAGAAUCCAACAACCAGCCUCUUCAUCAAGGGCCGCCUACUACCGACUACCUACGACGACACGGAAAGGGCAGGAAGCCACUGAAACAACCAGAACACACGAACGCCCUCAUCCGAACCAUCACAGGCAACCUCGAGAACAGUUCCCUGAUUGCAAGUCCCGGAAAAGGUGAUGACUUAGCAUCUGACGCCGAUGACAUCAGCCUAGUGUCAGACCAAGACGACUCGAGCACAUCAGAAGACGAGCCGACGUCGCCCUUCAAGUCAAGCAUUCGAAGACUGAACUUGGACGACGACGUUGCGUCUCACGUCACUUCCCUCAGAGACAUUGAGUCUGUCGAGGAUUCAGAUCCUACGCUGGCUUUGGACCUUCCAAAGCUAGCCAAGGCCGAAGCCUCAGAAAUGCUCAUCACGAGAUACUUUGAAGAUGCGGAGUCACUACCUAUUCAUCUUUCACUCCCAGAUGAGGAUACCAUCACCAUUGCUCAAAUUGUCACUGAGCAAGCAGUGACUGGGAGCUUGAGGAUACGUGAUGCGCAUGCGAAUACGCUGAACUCGGCAAUCAUACCCGAAACCCGGCGCCAAUUAUCAUCCCUAGGCCGGACUGCUUUGCAGGCUUUGCGCGAGGUGAUUCCCGCUUGUCUGGGUGACUUCAACACAUGCAACUUCAAAGGUGUGGUCGAGAUCCCCGACGUUCCCUUACUUGGCCCACCCAACAGACUUCAUCCGAGGCCGGUCAAUCCGCGGGAUACCAACGCAGAACCGCCAAAGCCAAAUAACCUCUUCCAGAUCCCAGCUCCUCAUAUGGAACUUCGACGUGCAGAAGCUAGACUAUCGGUCUUGCCAGCGAGCGUUCAGUUCUGGGAAAGCUUAGGAUUGGGUCCUGCCCAAGGCACAAAGGACGUCAAUGUUGUUUGUGUCUUCCCCCAUUGGGAUGGAAUGUCAGAUGUUGCUGCCGCCUUUCUGGACCGCAUGCGAAACGUUUACGAGCUUCUCAAGUUGGGCUCUUUCGAACGGCUUGCGACCAGUUCCAAGGUGGCUGAUGGCCUUCUACCCUAUGAGGUAGACAAAAUCGCCACUUCUCCAGGAACCGUCAGUCCCCACAUAGUGGCCGGUCUGGGUGACCGCAUGGAGGCACUCAACCAGGGGCUCCUAUCGGCCAAUGCCUCGGAGAAGAACUAUGUCAUAUACUUUGUAUAUCUUCCAGACCAUCCUGGGUCUAUCGUUGAGGCUUGCACUGCCUUUCAACAGCUGUUCGAGAUGCACAAAAGGACUCUGACGGACAGGCGGCAGACCCCGGUCAACGAAUUGGUCUUACAACUUGUGCCCCUGGACUUUCUUACUUCUUCUACCGGAAUAGUAGAACCGACUCCUAGCGAUGCGAUCAAAUUGGCGAUAGAAACGUACGACCGCUGUACGCUAUUUGGCGGACCGAUGCCAUCACCGGCCAUUAUGCUCGAACAGUCGCUUCCCAGAGGCAUCGACUUCAAGCUUUCUAAUCCAUCUUCAUCGUCGCUGAUGCAUGAGAACACUUGCAUUCACAUCGCCUACGCUCAGAGCAUUGACGAGAGAUGGAUAACCGCGGCGUGGACUGACAACAGGGGAUGCCAGCAGAUGACGGCAUCUUACAACCUUGGUCGCAAGGGCAAGGCGCUGUCUACAUCACUCAAUGACGUCUACCACGAGAUAUGGGAAACCACCCAUGACUUGAUUUCUAAGUGGAAAGUCCACUGGCGAGUCAUCAUCUCCAAGUGCGGGUUCAUGGAUGCGCAAGAGAUUGGGUUCUGGCAGGGUCUAGCUCAGACGGAGUCGGUGGCAACGGUCAGCUUGACCUUGAUUUCGGUCGACACGAAUCCAUCCAUGCAGUUGGUUCCGCCGGCGAUCAAAGUCCCAGCAACAACGUCCUCGGCCUUCUACACGACGCCUGUGUCUACUCCGCAAGCAUCGAUAGUGUCGCCAGAGCAGAGUGGUACGCCGGCCACGCCCAUGAAGGAAAACACAACAAGCGCCGCAACUCCGGGCGGAACACCAGGCGACGGUAAUGCCGACCCUGUCGAAGGGGACGCUAUUCUCCUCGACGUAACAGACCAGACCUGGGGCGCCGUGCUAGCGCAUCGACUGAGCAACUCUUCUUCGUUGGGCGAGCUGAACCCGGCCCUUAUUAGCGGCUACCUUGUCAAACGUGGAGGCACGAAGCUCGAAGACCCGCCUGUUGUGCUAGAGGUCAACAUUGUGCAUGCGGACAACAACCCGCGCAUGUACGAGCCUCUCAUGCGGGAGAUGCUUACCUACUUCAGGGGUCUUGGAACCCUAGCUCGCGCGAGGGGGGUUGUAGACAGAGGAACGGAUAUACGUCCCUGGCACAUCGCGGCGGCGGAGAAGGGUGUUCGGGCAUUAUACCUUUUGAUGUGA